UUGAAUUGGGCGACUUGGGACUAGAGAAGAGACUGCCUCCCCCUUCCCCCUCUCUCAGGGACUUCUCCUUAAGUGCCAUGGAAUGUUCUUAUGGCCCUUGUGGAUUGUCACCACAGAGACUGGGAGUUGUGAGGUUCUGUUGCUCUGGUAACCAGUUGUUGGGAGCCUCUGCAUUGGAGCUGCCAAGGCUCUGGGAAGAGGCAGGCCUGUAUGGCACAGGCUUGGAAUAAGGCAGGUCACAAAGUCAUAGUCUCGGCUCCACUUUCAUCUCAGUUAUGCCCACCCUUUCAGUGUUCACGGAUGUACCCAUGGCCCACAAGCUAGAAGGCAGCUUGCUAAAGAGCUACAAACAAGAUGAUCACCCUAACAAGACGUUCCUGGCCUAUAGAGUCUGCAUGGCUGAAGACGGGCACCCCUGGGUUUCUCCCGUGGUGAAAAAGCUCCGAUCGCAGAUCUCACAGGAUCCCUCUCUGAACUACGAGUACGCACCCGUGAUGGGCAUGAAGUCGUUCAUCCAAGCCUCGUUGGAGCUGUUGUUUGGAAAGCACAGCCAAGCCAUUGCGGAGAACAGGGUAGGGGGUGUGCACACUGUCGGUGACAAUGGUGCCUUUCAGCUUGGGGCUCAGUUCCUCAGAACUUGGCAUCAGGAUUCUCGAGUAGUUUAUAUCACCUCUUUUCAGAAAGAACUGUAUGGACUCAUCUUCCAGGACAUGGGCUUUACAGUUCAUGAAUACUCCUUCUGGAACCCCAAGCAGAUGUGCAUGGACCCCAAUAUACUCAUCAAUGUGGUGAAGCAGGCUCCAUGUGGCAGUGUCCUUGCAGUUGGGAGCAUCGCAGACUGCAAGUUAACACAAAGUCAGUGGAUAAAGUUGAUGUCCAUCAUGAAGAGCAAGCAAAUAUUCCCAUUUUUUGACAUUCCCAGUCAAGGUUUCUCCUCUGGUGACCUGAAUGAGGACAGUAGAAUUUUACGAUACUUUGUGGCUCAAGGCUUUGAGUUCUUCUGCAGCCAGUCCCUGUCCAAGAAUUUUGGCAUUUAUGAUGAAGGAGUGGGAGUCCUAGCCGUGGUGGCACUCAGCAACCAGCACCUGCUGUGCGUCCUCUCCCAGUUGAUGAACUUCGCCCGUGUCCUGUGGCUAAACCCUCCUACUAUGGGUGCCCGCAUCAUCACCUCAAUCCUCUGUAACCCUGCUCUGCAUGGAGAAUGGAAGCACAGUCUAAUAAGGGUUGUAGAGAACAUCAUGCUGAUCAAGGAAAAGGUGAAGGAGAAGCUCCGGCUUCUGGGAACCCCUGGCUCCUGGGAUCACAUCACUGACCAGAAGGGGACCCAUAGCUAUCUUGGACUCAACUCCCAGCAGCUGGAAUACCUGGUCAAGAAGAAACAUAUCUACAUCCCCAAAAACAGUCGGAUUAACUUCACCUCUAUUAAUGCCAACAACAUAGAUUACAUCACCCAGAGCAUCAACGAGGCUGUCCUCUACGCAACGGGCUCAGAGAAAUUUCUUCAGAAGUAG